AUGGGGAAGGUUGGAAUGAUUCCAGAGGUUUUUGGUGCCAAAGGUCACCAUGUCCGAGAAAAAGCAGCGGACAACGAGUUUGAGGAGUUCCUCAAGGAAGACUGGGCUGGUUUAGGUGAAGAUGAAGAUGCACCCAUCUGGGAGGAUAAUUGGAAUGAUGACAACAUAAAGGAUGACAUCUUCAGUCAGUUACAAGCUGAACUAGAGAAACAUGGUUAAAAGAUGGAGAUGUCAUAGCAUCCAGAAGAAGGGUUGAAGCAAUCUAACCUUGAACUGUUUACUAAAUUCUAGGACAGAGAACUCAGGAUGAGAAACUUAAAACAAUAUGAUUAUUUCAUUACCUGCUUGGAUUUAUUUUUGUUUUUGUAACACAAAAAAAUGAAUGAUCAAAAAAAAAAAAGAGUUAAACUUCAUGAAUCCGAAUGAUUAAAUAACAAGUACAUAAAAUGAAUGGGAAAUACUUGAGAACAAAUAAAAAGUAGCAGAUAAUAAUGUGAUAUGGUUAAAAGCAUGAUCUCCUGUUUUAGGCUUAGCUUCUUCCUGUGUGAUCUGGCAAAUGAGUGAAUGUGCUGCCCUCAUAGGGCAGCUGAGAGGUUAUAUGUAUAUAUGAAUGUAAAUCACACACAUAUAUGUGUAAAGCACUUAGUUUACUACUUGGCACAUCGUAAUGGAAUCUGUGGAUAUUAAGUCUUAGCUGGUAUUAUCGGCUUGUCUAUUUUUUUUUUUUAAGAGAGAGAGAAAGUGUGUGUGGUGGGGUGUGGGGGUAUGCGGGCAGAGGGAGAAGGAGAAAAAGGAUCCCAACCAGUCUCUAUGUUUAGUGCAGAGCCUGACACGAGGCUUGAACUCACAACCCUGAGAUCAGGACCUGAGCCGAAAUCAA